AUGGGGGCCAAGCAGUCAAGGGGUCAUUCCAAGGACAAGGAUCCCCAAAGAAUAUGGCUGCUGGGGAGAAGGCAGAAGUUGUCCCCGUGGGAUGAUGCCCUUCUCAAUGGAAGAGAUCCGAGGUCCCUGCUGAAGCACGGCAUGCGCCAUAUCACCUUCAGCCUGGUCACCAAAGGGAUGACAGAUGUCCCCGACUUUCUAUGGGGCCUGCCUGAGGUCCAGAAGCUCAAUCUGUCCCACAACCAGCUCAGGAUUCUCCCUCCUGAAGUGGGGAAGCUGACUCGGAUCGUGGUCCUGAACUUGAGUGGGAACUGUCUGAAGACGCUGCCUGGAGAACUGAGCCUCCUCAAGAGCAUGAAGGUCCUAUUUGUCAACAUGAACUGCCUGACCGAGAUGCCGCCGGAGCUGAGCUCCUGCAAACACCUGGAAGUGUUGAGCUUGUCCCACAACUGCCUUGCCCAGCUGCCUGCCAGCUUUGCGGACCUCUCGAGCCUGCGGAAGCUGAACCUCAGCAACAACUCCUUCGCUCACCUCCCCAUAUGCGUGUUUUCCUUGAAGCAGCUGGACUUCUUGCACGUGGGCUCCAAUCGACUGGAAAACAUCGCCGAGAGCAUCCAGUGCCUGGCAAGCCUGCAGAUCUUCAUCGCAGAGAGUAACAACAUCCAUUCCUUCCCCAGGUCGCUCUGCUUAGUCACCAGCCUGGAGCUGCUAAACUUAAAUGACAACGACAUCCAGACCCUGCCAGAGGAACUCUACCUUCUGGGGAGACUGGCAAGGAUUGCUUGGAACCCCAUGGACAAGGGGCUCCAUAUUUCCCAUAACCCUUUAUCCAAGCCCCUGCCUGAGCUGAUAGAGGGUGGUCUAGAGGUGCUUUUCAGCUACCUGAAGGACAAAAACCGCCACUAA